UGAUCGUUUAGUGAUCAUUCAUUUUCCUCCGGCGGUAUGAUUCCAGAAUGUGUCAGGUUUUAGUCAGUUUUUCAGCUUGUAUUGUAAUUUUCACAAGCGUAGAAGCUUACACAGGAGCCCAGAGUAGCUGUAGAAGAGUUUCUAGCGGCAAAUAUCGGUAUUUCUCGGAGAAUGAGAGGCUUAAACUGCGAGAGAAAGCCAAACAAAUGUUUUAUUUUGGGUAUGACAACUACAUGAACUUCGCUUUUCCCAAAGACGAACUUGAUCCCAUUCAUUGUACUGGAAGAGGGCCGGAUUAUGACACACCGUAAGUAUUUUUAACACAUAUUUUGUUGACUGCCCUGUGGUUGGUUGAAGGUAUUUCGAGGGCAUGGAAUGGCGAUGUUGAGAAUCAUUGACCGAGAUUCAUCGUCACUCACUGAUAUUAUAGGACGGAAGGAUUAUAAAAUCAUGUUGUUGUAUGAACACGCAAAUGCUUUUCGUAGUUCCGCCUGUUUAUUUUAAGUUAACUGUUCAUUUAAGCAUUCUUACAAUGCAAUGACAAUGCUGUCCUUUCUUCUUUGUGCAAACUGUUUGCACAGCUGCUGGAGCUCUAUUAUUAGCAAAUUAAUUUAUUAGGUUAUUUACUGGUUAAUAACUGGGAAAAAAGAUCAGGCUACCCUGGUAAACAUAUAAAGCAUGUCAAAAUUCCCUUUCCACUAGUUAGAAAAUAAGUUUGGCAAGCUAUUUUGUCAGUCAUCAUGUCUAUGCAUGCCGUCUGGAACCGGAUUAUGGAAUCCGGAAAAUUUUUUCUUGUGGAAACUGGAAUUUGAGAAAUCUUUCUUGUGGAGUCUGGACUCCUGGGCUUUGGAAUCUGGAAUACACCUCAAGGAAUCCUGAUCCCCCUAAGGAUUGAAAGUUCCACCAUCAAAGAAUCCGGAAUCCAGUAUCAGGAAUCCAGAAUCCAGAAUCCAUGCCUUGGAAUUCAGAAUACAAGACUAUCUUGGAUUCCCUUAUAUGGGCGGUAAAACGAAGCAAAUCCUCAUGCACACUGUAGGGACCCAUGGAUAGGUGUGUCCUAGGGUAUUGCCAAUGGUCAUUCCUUUUUUUUCUUAGAUCAGUGAGUUGUUCAAGUUAAUUUAUUUCCCCUACCCACAUUUCUUGCAGCUCAAAAAUUCUGUGCAUAAGAGAUAACUCAGAACCUAGUUUCCACCUUUAAUAAAGAGUCAAACAAAAAACCUGUACACAGGGAUGAUCAAAGGAUUUUUUUGAGUUUGAAAUUUUCGAUUUCGCAAUUUUUUUGUGUAGGAAUAUUUUGGCUAGUUUUUUGGGGGUAGCGUAAUUUGAGGACGGAUUUUUGGGAUAUUCAAAACAAUCUGAAGAUUCUUGAUAGUUCCCGUGUAUCCUGGCUGUGUAGUUUCUCCGGAAAAAUUUAUGGCUUGGAAAUUCGGCCUGGGAUUUUUUUGGGUUUUGUUGAAGGCAUAGCAACUGAGCAGAAAUAGGUCCUAAAUCUCAACCGAUCUAAAAUUAAUACAGUGUAUGUAUUGGUAUGGAGCAUAACUGAAUUUCUUUUUCCCCUAGGUCAAAUAUUAAUAUAAAUGAUGUUUUAGGAGACUAUUCAUUAGGAUUGUUAGAAUCACUUGGCACUCUAGCAGUAAGUAUGAAACCCUCUUAGCGUACACGUUUAUGUACUUCUGAAACUUAAUGAUGAGAUUGGAUGAGCAGUGUGCAAUUUUACCAUAUUAUUGUUGUUUUUAUAGAUAAUGGGCAAUAGUAGUGAAUUCAAGAGAGCUGUACAGCUUGUUAUAGAUUCUGUAUCAUUUCAAAGGAAUAAUACAGUUCAAGUUUUUGAAGCGACAAUAAGGUGAGAAUUAGCCUGCAUGGCAGAUGCAUGAAGAGGGUUGAGCGGAGAAGGAGAAAAGUGCAAAAGGAUAGAGUUAAGUCCUUUUUACCUUCUCUCCUCAACCCCCUCCCUUCAUUUUUCCCUUCCUGCCUAUCCCUUACCCCUUUCAAUGGUUGCUGUGCAGGCUAGGAGAAAAUUAUUAUGUAGCUUAUUUCUUACUUACUUACUUAGGCUGGGAAUCAUCCCGAGCUGAAGGCUUUUCAAUCGCUAAUUCUCAACAGGGAUGCAUAUAAUUUUACUCAACCUGGAAGGAUUUUCACUGAGAUCCUUACACACAGAUGUUCGCCUUCUUUCCAGUAGUCCCUGAACAGAACCCUUAUCCAUUGUCUUCGGUUACAGCCCAGGAAAUAUACCGUCCCUUACUCAGUCCCUUGGAUAACCUUUUGUUUUGAUCAGGUGCACCAUGAAAGGGUAGUUUAAUUCAGGAGUUAAGUGACCAGAGCAUUAAGAUUAGUCACCCUUGGUGCCCAAGCUACCACGUACAUGUACUAUUAACGGAGUGUUUUUGUUAAUGAUAACCCUGACAACAAUCAUCACUGCUGUCUCUUCCUUUCGAAACCGCGAGAGCACACCAACGAGGGCAUUCAUCAUGUCAGGGCCCUGCAGCAGAUGUUUGUUGAGAGACUCGUUGUGGAAGAUGGCACUGCCAGUCGAAAACGAUUUUUUGCAUUUUGGGGUUUGUCAAAAUGAGGCAAGUACCACACCUUUCCUGUGGCAGUCUUGAGUUGAUCUGAUGGGACGAGACUGGCGUGGUUCUUGUUAAACAUUUUCUGCAUGAACUCAGUAUAUUGCUUCAAAACCUUGCCAUUCUUGAGAAGUUUUCUUUUUAUGCCUAGUAGCCUGUUUAGGCAUUGUUCUCGGUUGUUCGGCAGACUCAACUUGUCUGUCCUCAGUGGUAGCGGCAUUUCCCAAUUGCCCAGUUCAUUUGUAUGGAUGCUUGUGGUAAGAAGAUCAUUGAAACGUCUGUCCUCGACAGACUCGGUGUUCUCAGUGCCUCGGAUGGUUCGGCUAUGAUGUAGUUCACUGUAAUCCAAUUGCAUCAUUUCUCUUAUCUGCUGGGGCGUAGUGACAUCCUUAGAUUGAUGUUUGGAAGCGAAAGAGGCUACGGCCUCUUCUCUGGAACUGUUGCUCGUUGGAACAUUGAAGAGGUUGUGAGAAUCUUCUCGUCGUACGGUGAUGUGGUUAACUGUUGCACAAGCCGUACUGUCUUGUUGGUUGUCUAGACAAACUGGACCGAUGAUCGUCCAGCCGAACUUGUACUCUUCAGCCCACGGCUCAUUGUCUUUGCCGUAUAUAACGUGUAAUGGCUGAAAGGCAGAUGGGAUGUUACGACCGAUUAACAAUCCUAUCUCUACUCCGGGAUGAUAGUGGAUGUGGUGGGCGAUCUCCUUAAGGUGCGGCCAGAGUUGGGCAAUGUUAGGCGUGGCGAUGUCCUGAUGGCUAGCUGGAAUUUUCUCUUGUGAGUAUGCAAACGGAAUCCUAAUAGAAUUGUGUCGACUGUCUGUGUCCUUGAUGUGCAAUCCGUUUACUUUCUGAGUACGCACAGUGUUCACGCCCGCAAUCGUACUGAUAUUGAGGUUAACUUCCUGGCCUUUGACCUGCAACUGGUCGAGAAGAGUGUCUGUGAUGAAGACAUCUGUUGACUGGUCAUCCAGAACUGCAUAGGUCAGCAUCCUUGCUGAAGGGUUGUCUUGAUGGAAGACUUCGACGAGAACUAUUCUAGCGCAUGAACGAGCAGAAUGCCCUUGAUUGCAGACUCGUGAGCAAGCAGACCUCGCUUCACUGGCAUUAAUCACUUUGUGCCUGGAUGGGUCAUGCAGUACAGUGGCAUGUUUCUGUCGACAUAUCUUGCAAUCUAGCCUGUCUUGUUCGCAGUCUCUGGCAACAUGUUUGUUGGAAUUAACACACUUGAGACAGACUUUGUUUUUCAUUAGGAAAUCUCUGCGUUCUUCGUAUCCUAAUUUCUGAAACUGUUCGCAAUCGUUCAUGCUAUGAGACUUCAUCUUGUGAUAGAAGCAAUACGUGUUAGCCGCAGUAGCUUUGGUAGUGUCCGGUUGCUGAGCAUGGGUUGAAAGCACAUUGGAGAUUUCUAUUGGUUCUUCGUGAUUAGCAUUUGUCUCGCCAUUGUUACUGGGGGUGAAGUGGAGGUCAGAUUAACAGCUGGAGGACGCAGGCGGGUUGGCGGUUCAAAGGUUUGAAACGGUCUGUCUGUGGUGUACCACUUGAACCUGAAGCUUGAACAAUUUGAGGUAUGUUGACACGCUCAGCGUGGUAACGCACUUCUUGAGCGAAGUCUGCAAAUGAAGGGAAUGUGUCCUUGCCUUCUUUCUUCUGAAGUUUCAGCACUUUAUCAGACCAUUUGGGCUUGAACCACGAUGGCAGCUUUUCGACAAGACUUUGAAUCUGUGACGGGUAAUUAAGGACUUGGAGACUCAAAAUGUGUUCGCUUGCAAUCUUCACCUGUUGAAGGAAGUCACUGAAUUCUUCUAAGGCUGCUGCAUCGUUCGGUCCCACCUUUGGCCAGGUUGUUAAUUUCUUCUGAAAACUGGUACUGAUUAUUGCUGGGUGGCCAAAACGUUCCUUGAGGAUUGUGCGGGCUUGUUGAUACGCACUUUCAGGGUUCUGCACUAAGUACUGAAGCUGCUCUACCACUUUUUGGCUUUGCCAUCCAAAUAUUGGUACAAGAAGUGUAGUUUCUGUUGGGCUGUCACUGGUGCUGAAUCAAUCAGACUAUCAAAAGAAUUCUCCCACAGGAAGAAUUUAGUCUUGUCAGUCUCAUCACCCUUAAAAACAUCUGGCGUGGCUUGAGGGAGGCGUUGUAGCUGACUGAUCUUGGCUAGGUGUCAGUUAGUUGCACUGAAUAAUCUUGGGGUGCAGGGAGUAGGCUGUAUAUGACGAUGGUACAAACGCUGGAAAAUUUCCGCAAAAACCUCUUGGAGGUGCGAGUCCAAUAUGGGACAUAGUACACGCAGGCGAUGUGUAAACUGGAGGAGCUUGUCCUCUUAAGCUGAAGGUGGUUGCAGUGGUAGAGUGUGAGAUUCGAUUGGUUGAUCCUUGAGGGCCUUGAUUCAAAGAUACAGAUACAACGUCAAGUGGUGUGGACGAUGACGUCACUGUCACUUUAGUCACUGGUGUUCUAGUGUCAAAGAGCGUUGUAGCAGGCGCACCCGGUGUAGACGUAUAUUCGUCACAUUAUUGAUUGCUGGCAAUAAAGGUGGAAAUUGGAUCAUAGGUUUCUGUCGGCAGUGCAGGCGACUGCAGACAGUUUUCUUCUUGCAUUGCUUUUUGGUAGACUUGCUCUUGUGCAGUGACUUCUCCAAGUUCUUUUUGUAUUUUCAACUGUUCCAGUUUCUGUUUUUGUUCGGCAAUAACUGCUGAAAACUUCAACGUUUCUUCUAGGGCUGCUCUCUUAGCUCGAAAUUCAAGCAGGGUCUCCUUGCAAGAACUUCUACUUGAUCCCGACCCUUUCGAGACUCGUGAACGGUGGGACCUUUGAGAUGUGAUAGAGGCUGCAUCAUUUUGUAAUUUGUCAAUUUCUUUCACGGCUGUAUCAUGAACUGCUUUCCAUGUGUCAAGCAGAUAAGCUUGUUUACUUGUGGCCUGAUGAGUUUCAUCCGAAUCAUCUGAUAGCUCUAUCCAUUGGUCAAAACUUUGUAAGACAAUGUCUAACUCCUUGAUCAAAGCUGAAAUAUCUUCCUUAAUUUCCUUAGGAUCUUUGCCUGAGAGGAUUUGCUCUUUAAAAGUGUCUAAUUUAGAGCGAAACUGACGGUCGUUAUCUAUCGCAGCGCUUCUCUUCAAGCCACAUUUGUAUUCCCGCCCUUUGGCCGUGAGGGUCCUGGGCCUAGUGUUACUCGAAUCGACAAUAAUGUCGGCAUUUGUAAUCGAUGAAAUUUCCUCUAUUUUUGGACGUAAAGACACAUUAUCCGGUAAAAUAACAGAUGAGCUAACCUCAGUCUUUGUUGAGUCGACGAUUUCUUCGUGAGCUGGGCUUGAGGUGUGUUUUUGCGCUCUUCUCGAUGAGAAAUUCCUCUGGUCUCGACACGAAGGUUAGCCCGAGUCCGGUAUCCUCGUGUUUAUCAUCGAAUUUUGCUGAAUCCAUGGUAAAGUUCCUCGGCGUAAAUACAAUUCGUUGGAGUUCCUCAGAUUAAACAGGAGUCUUCAAAGUUCCUUGAGGUAAAUACGAGUCUUUGACUGUAGCGACCGCUUUUGGGUGAAGGCGGCGCGAGGGCAACAUGCGUUGCAGAAAUUCUGAAAGGUUCACUCCACAAUGACCAAAACGUCUAACAAGAUCCUUAGUUCCGUUUAAUGCUGGUUCACAAGAUGUUAACGGACCGAAGGGACCGUCAAAGACUGUAAUGGCUAUUACAACAUGCUUGUGCGAAGCCCUAAAGAACUGCGUUGGGCGACGUUCAUUGUUAGUCGAGCUUACAAAAACCCCCGGAUCUGACCGGGUCACGUGUUAAACAAAACAACUGGGAAGGCGUUACACUAGGAUCAUUGUUAUCAGCCCAUCUGAUCAUCAAGGAUCCUUUACAACCUUUUGGUGACAUGGUACCAACAAAUUAUGAUGAUGAAUUAUUGCUUCUUGCCCAUGACAUGGCAAACAGGCUGCUGGCAGCAUUUGAACAAUCAGUCACACAAAUUCCAUAUCCUAGGGUAUGUAUAUUGUCAUUUCCAGAGCUGUGUUCCUUUUGCUAAGCAACGUAGUAAGUGCUAGCCCAAAGAAUCAGACUGCAGGGCUCUGGGAACAUAAAAUGGGGUAUGUAAUGUUUAGGAGUUUGAACCUGUGGUCCAGGAUGAAGGCACUUCUUUUCAGGGGCUGGUGGAUAAUUACCCGUGAGGGAGGGGUGGGGGUGCAUUUGCAGUGACCAUUGUGAGAAAGCUUAGAAGAUUUUCAAACCAACUCCCCAAUUCAUCCUAGCUUUUUAGGAAUGACCCCCCCAUAAAUUUUACACAUAAUUUUGAGAGUGACCCCUCACCCAAGUAUUCUAGCUACAAAUUGUGCCAAAUUUCACCACACACUUUAUCUACAGUUGUGUCUAUGAGUUUGGUGUUUACUAUUUUACUGCUGUUACAUUCACUGGUACUGCUUGUUUUUCAAAUUUGGUCAUUAAUUUCUUGACUAAUCUGUAUUCUCAGCACUUCUCGUGUAAGAUGUAGAGUAUAAGUUUCUUUCUAUUAUGUAAAUCCUGACAUAAUUACCAUUUUCAUUUCUGUUUUUAGGUAAAUUUAUUUAGUGGUCUUCCUUCAAUGCAUCACAAAGAGACCUGUACUGCUGGCGCAGGAACAGUUUUAUUGGAAUUUGGAAUCUUAAGCAGGUUAUUAGGAGACCCAACCUUUGAAGCUUUAGCCAGGAAAUCUCUAGCUUCUUUGUGGAAACGCAGAUCGGUGAAAACUGGUCUUUUUGGUAAGUAUACCAGUAGUUAUAUUUUGAGGGUUAGUAAGGAGCUAUGGUUCAUUGCAGUAGACAAGUUUAAGCAAGUUCAUGUACUAGAUCCCUUGAUGAAAGCAGAGUUUUGUUGUGAGCUAUUGACCUUUAAAUGGCACAUUGAAUUGACCAGCAGGUUAAUUACAUCAGGGGCAGAUCCAGGAUUUUUUUUUAGGGGGGGGGGGGUGCACUCAUCUCUUGCUCUACUUCAACACCAAUAAACCACAUAGCUUUUUUUUUGGCAGAAUACCAGUUGUAUUAGAAAACCGCAGGUCAUCUCGGGGGGGGGGUGUGCACCCCCUACACCCUCCCCCUAGAUCCGCCCCUGCACAUCUAGUUACCAAAUUGAAACAAAGGCAAAAUAAUAGCCAACCAAGAUGAUCAACGCUUACCCCUCCUUCCCCAAAAAGGCGUGCCCAGAUUUGAACCAUUAUCAUACUUGGGAUAGUAUAACAAAAGUGAAAAGAAGCAACAGAAGGAAGGUGAGCAGGUUUCCUCUUAAAACAGCAUGACAGUAUAAUAUUGAAGGUUUCUUGUUACAGGUAAUAUAAUAAAUGUUGAGACUGGAGAAUGGUCAGGAAAAAUGAGUGGAGUAGGAGCAGGAUUGGACUCGUUUUAUGAAUAUCUUCUUAAGGUGACUUGUAAUUUAGUUUAAUUUUUGCGGACGCCCUUCAAAAUAUACACGUAACCGGGUAGCCAAUUGGGUGUUGGUCAAAUGCGUGCAUGGCUUGUCAUAUAGCUUUCUCGACGAACUCGCGAGGAAACGCUUGCUACGCAGGCUUCUUGUCAUAUGGCUUUCUGAUCGCUGAAAAUAACUCAGCUUGAGAACUGUGUUUAAUUGCAGGGCUACAUCAUGUUUGGAGAACCAGAUGAUUUAAAGAGAUUCAAUGAUAUUUAUAGAGUUCUCAAUAGAUAUCUACGAAAAGGGUAACGUGAUGAAAAACUUCAUUCCUUAAGAAUUUUAAGUCGUCAAAUUAGUAGCCAGCUCUGUUUCGUGGACUCGUGAAAAAGUCAAACAUUGAAACGUUGUCUUUUCCUUUUUAUUAGUCGUCGUACAUGCAAUCAAGGCAACGGAACAACACCUUUGUACGUAAAUGUGCACAUGAACAGCGGUGAAACAGCGAACACUUGGAUAGAUGCGUUGUCUGCAUCAUUUGCUGGGGUUCAGGUUAGUGAAGAGACUAAACGAUUUUCACUGGCGCCGCAAACACAAGCGUUGGUGCUACAUGAUAAGGAUCCUUGUUAUCCUAUGAAAACGACCUAGACGCUUGGAAUUAAUGAGCCCAACGACACGGCGCGCGCGCGAGACACCUGUCACCGUCGCGCGCCCUUUUCUUUCUUUCAAGGGCCUGCUACGCAAGCUAGGCUUACCGGUCGUUUCGAUAAAAAUCCGGUUUGAUACAAGUCGUAUUAAGACAAAUCGUUUCAGCCGAGGUUUGAAUUGGGAAGUAGACACGUAGGUCGUUUUGCAAGAGUGGCCAAGGAAAGUCUCCAGAAACUAGAACCUGUCCCGCGCGAUAACGUUUAAGAUAGGCUGCCUUCUGUAAUACGAUGUUAUCAAGACGCAAAUGUGCAAGGCGGUUUUCAUAAAACAGAUCAGAAAAUAGAUCGUAAAUGAUAAAUACGCCUUGUUUUAGGUGCUGAAAGGAGACAUCGCAGAAGCUAUUUGUACUCAUGCUCUUUACUAUGCUAUCUGGAAGAAACACGAAGCAAUGCCGGAAAGGUUUAACUGGCAUACUAAACAGUCUGAGGUGCACUUCUCCCCUGUCAGACCAGAGCUUGUAGAAUCCACUUAUCUCCUUCAUCAGGUUCGUAUUACCAAUAACUGUGCAUGCACAAUACUAUGACGGUCGUUAUAGCAGACCUUAGCUAUUUAUUUUUACUGCUGAAUCUCUUAAAGCCGCUCCUUCCACAUCAGACUUGACCCUUGCUUAAUCGGCAUCCCCUUACUGAUAAACGAGUAAUAAUUACAAAUUUAGAGUACGUCUGACAGGAAAGGGGAGUGGGGUCAUAGCCAUUCACGUAAUUUGUAAGGCGCAAAUUAGAUACCAGCUCCCGGCGAAGAUUGAGGCCCUAACAACAAUUGUGCGGGGACAGCCAAAGUGGCGUCAAGAAAGAGGAAAGUUGGAUGAGAGAGUUUCAAACUCCUGGCUGACUACUAACAACGAUCGUGCUGGCUUCGUUUAGGAUUUUACAUUGGAUAUAUUUAGCCUGCGUUGAAGCUAGCCCACGCAUCGACUAUAGCAUUGGUAUACGUUCUAAACAGCGCUUUACUAUGUUUGCGACGCAGUCCCUAGACGGUUUAUUAUAAUUGGAAGAGGGCGUAAAUUUGCACCGUUAUCCUCUCAUCCUUGAGAUUUCGUUGCGUCACGUUUAUUAUCUGUUUACUUAUUACAGGCGACGCAUCAUCCGUUUUAUCUCCACGUUGGUCGCGAAAUUAUGAGGGAUAUAGAGAAACACUCAAAAGCCAGGUAGCGCCUUUCCUAUAUAGGCUUCUUAAAUGUUAUCCUAGUACAUUGCCCAGGAAAUACACUGUAUGCAGGUGGUUACUUUUCAGCAGUGACACACGGCUAGACUAGUUCAUCAAAGAAUACUGAAACUGUUGUUUAAGUUUCUCUUUAUGUAACUGAGUGGAUCAUGAUUAGGCUCGAUUUUGGCCGCUGUCUCGGUCUUCCCCGAGAAGAGAGAGGAGGAACGCGGGCUCAUUUCCCGAACAUCGGCUGGUAAUUAAGCCUAAAUGGAUAUUUGUGUCACUGAAAGAGAUUCCGUGCUAACUUAACCCUAAGUAGGUUGAGUAUGAUCGUCCGGGUGAACGUAGUCCUGAAUAGGACUGUUGUUGACAGUGACUUACGUUUCGACAACCUGUGUGGUAGUCAUCGUCAGAGUCAAUGUGAGUUGCAUCACGUCAGUUGAUGGUUUUAAACUCAGGUUAUUAAUCUGAAGCCCUAAGAGUGAUCAGUAUCAAAUUUCUCCCUCUAAUAUGCAAUGCUUUAUAAAACAGAGUGGUCACUAAACGUAAGGACAUGAUCUCAUAAGAAUUUUCUCGUUACUUAAAAAACUUCUCCCGUUACUUCUAUAGGGAAGGAAUAAUGGGAAAUAAGAAUAAGGAUUUACAACGAAAAAGUGACAAGGGCCUUAUUUCAUUUUGUUAAUGUUAUUUUUAUAUGUCAGAUGUGGAUAUGCUACAUUACAUGACGUCAGAGAUAAAUCUCAAGAAGAUAGAAUGGAAAGUUUUUUCUUAAGUGAAACUUGCAAGUAUUUAUAUCUGGUAAGUCUAUGCAAUCUUUCAAAAAUAGAAUAUAUAGAUUUAGCCAGGGCUAAAAGCGAAGCUCUCGUUAAUAUACUUAUAAUUUACUCAACAAAAAAUUAGUGAAAUCGUGCAAUGCUAAACGGCGACGGCGACGAGACCGCUAAAAAAAAUCAAGUCUAAUUAGCAACAAAAAAACCUGUUGAUAGAGUUAUUUUACAUUGGUAUGGCUGUGGUGCGGACGGACGCGCGGACGGGCGGGCGAAUGGACGUAAGGUCACGUGGUUACAAAAAUUUCUCGGAUGCAUAGAUAACCAAAUUUUCUUACCCAUGUGCUCCGCUGCGCGCGCUCCGUGCGCGCGAGAGGUCCGCUAUAAUGGGCUCAAAUUAGUUGAAAUGCUGUGCCAAGAGAAGAUGCAACGAAAGUAAACGCGCGAAUAUGUGAUUUCAGUAGGAUGGUAUUAAUGGCGAUAAAACUUGCAAUUGUAGAGACUUUAAGAUACACCGUUUCUGCGUACGGGUAAAUGUAAAUUACCCGUGGCGUAGCCGUAAAUACGGGUGGGUGGCCUGUUACCCCGCAGAAACUGCUAUCAAAUCUGGGAAGUCAGGUUUGCUUCUUGUCAAACAUGAGUGCCUACCCGUACCCGUAGGCAGGAAGGGUGUAUCUUAAGGUCUCUUGUUUCCGAAACGGAGAAAUUUCUAAGCUGUUCAGUGUAAGGAAAGGGCAAAAGAAGCGCAGGAAACAGCGCAUCUGUAGGUUUUAUUGGUUGCAAGGACGUUGCGUGAGUUCUUGUGGACAAAUUGUGGAGCCGAAGAAUCACAAAGGAGUCGAUCAACUGAAAGACUGGACACAGCAGAUUGACUUUUAUCAAUCGGGUUGAUGAAAACAAUUUUUCGUGGUAAAAAGAUUAAGACGGUGGGAUGAAACCCGCUCUUUCCAGUUGGCUGUACAGUUCUUACCGCCGCCCGGUUAGCUCAGUUGGAUAAGCGCCCUUCUGCCGGCAUGCUGGGAGAUGAAGCCCCUGCCGGACCAACACUCAGGUAAAAAGGGGGGCGUAAAUAACUCAUCACGUACGUCAUUAAUUGUAAACUACGCCACACGCAGUCUGGCAAAAUUCCCCUAACCAUUGAUAGGAAUUACCCCUGAAAAGCCCUGAAGGGAGUGCAUAAUAAGAUAUUUACAUUUACAAUUUACUAUGAGACCGUCUAAAUCCAGUCAUAUUUUCCCUUUCCAGCUGUUUGAUAGUGAAAACCAUGUUAAUCAAGAUGCCUCGAACUACAUCUUCAGCACGGAGGGACACAUUUUUAGACUGGACCCGCGAUUUAGAAAAUCAGCUUUGGAAAGCAGAACAAGGAAAUUUAGCGCCAAAGUAGCAAAAGCACCCUCAGCUGGACGAUACAACGACAGUGUUGGGGUUAGUGUGAAAUAAUUGUUUUUUUUAACUCAUCCGUUAGUCUGAUAAUCACUCUUUGGCCUCUUUAAGGAACUGGGGCCGAAAUGCGUCCCGCAAUUGUUUCUGGGAAGUCCAAAAAGUUUUAGCGAAUUUUAACUCGCUUCAUUUCUUUUUGUCGUUUCUAAAGUGGUGAAUUGAAUUAGUCGUUAAGGUGCUGAAUCAUAUUUGGUUAUUCGGUUGGGUCUUCUAGCCUCCUUACUUGUUAGUCAUCAGACAGUUAGCCGGGGACAGUAAACACAUAUUCAUUCCGUAGUAAAAACUGUGAUAGGAUUCGGUCCGUCAGGGUGUACCAAUCACACAGACUAACAUCUAGCUAUUCAUCUAAUUAGCCAACUUCCUCUCCAAACUUUCACCCGGAAUGUUGAUCUACCCAUCGAUAGUCUACUCUGUUUUUAAUCAGAGAACGAGUGAUCGUUCCAUGAGAUAUCCACAGUCAUCUCGCCACUUUAGAAACGACUGAGAAGGGAACUGGAGCCGAAAUGCAUCCCGCAAUUUCUUCUGGGAUCGUUAUCGAGGGCGCGGCGGUCAGCUACUGGUCAAUUUUUCUCCAUGUCACCAGUAACAGUCCCAGAAGUCUUUGUGGAAGUUAACUCGGCCCAGUCCCCUUCUGCUUUCUAAAGUAGCGACUAUUUUUGCAGUUAGAAGGGUCAGCAUACAGUUUCUUUCGACAGCUUCACCCUCCUUUGUCUUUUUUUCUCAGUGCGCAUUGUUCUGUGGAAAUUUAAACAGUCCUCUACCCAUGGACAUUCAUCACUGGGAGGCAGUCGAGGCAGCAGUUGGAAUUUAAUGCGAUACUAAUCCUGCAGAUAAACUACAGAGACAAGAAUAGUCAACAGAUCAACUCCUUCGACGUUUGUCUCGAAAAUCUCUGAAUCAUUCACUCGUAGUCGCUCGAGAUGUUGAAAUCGCCCUACCUGUCUGCAUUUGUAACGAUUUUAACCACUUGACGACUGAUAUACUUGAAGACUACAUGGGAUAAAACGUGUUGAUCUAUUCUUGGCAACUAACGGGUUACGUCUUGGGAAUUCCAUAGGGUCCAAUCUAAAAACGUUGCCCACAAUUUGACUUAUUCGACGGAUCUCCGUAUUCUUUUCUCCCCGCCGGAUAGUCGUCUUGGAAUCAAUCGUGAUUUUAGCCUUGCAUUUAGAUUGAGAAAAUGUCUGGAAUGCUAGAGUUGCAGGUUUAAGCGCUCUGAACUGGAAUAUUGCAUUUGCAUUUGUCUUUCUCGACCGCAAAGGUUUCACAGAUGGUCUUUCGAAGAUCGUUGAAAGAUGCAAUCCCCCUCCCCCCUUACAGUAAAAUGGAAAGCGAGUGGUUGUUAUUGUCGCCAGAUGAGAAUAGGCACUUUUUCAGAAAAGAAGAAUUUCCAAGACCCUGAACCUGGUUAUCGUAGAUGUGUGGCUGUGACCUCAGCUGAACGCAGAAUAUUUUUGCACAGUUGUACUAUAAGAAUAAUUUUUUGGGCACGCACUGAGGUCAAAUAGUGCUGUGCUGCAUUACUCUGGUCAUUUUAGUUAAGUGGCGGCUAUGAUAGUCGCAAAAUGAAAAAGUCGUAAUAGUUUUGUAUCAAAAGAUAAGAAAAAUAAAGUUAAUGGGAAC